CUGCAAAGGAGGACAGCGCGGAGGGAAUAUGAGGUAGACGGGACUUUACACGGGAAUAAUGGCGGCGCCGCUCCGGCGGGACACCUUACCUGAGAACUACUGUUACGGGGUGUGCUGCGACGGCAGGGUCUUUUUCAUAAACGAUGAGACGAGAAGCACUUCUUGGCUUCAUCCCUGCACUGGUGAACCUGUCAAUUCUGGACACAUGAUCCGAUCCGAUCUACCCACAGGUUGGGAGGAAGGAUUUACGAAGGAAGGAGCGAGUUUCUUCAUUGACCAUAACCAGAGGACGACUACAUUCAUACAUCCAGUGACAGGCCAGAUCUCGGCUGAGAAUUCUGAUUUCAGACUACAGGACCAGUAA